CAAGAUAUUGACGGCAAGACGCAACUUCACCGGGCCGUCAUUUCCAAGGAUACGAGCCAGGUGCAAACCCUGCUUUUCGUCGGAGCUGAUGUCAGGAUCAAAGAUAAUUCAGGCAAAGAACCCAUCCACUACAGCGUAGUUGAUGGGGGCGCCGACAUGCUCGAGCAGCUUCUUCGAUAUAGGGCCGACAUCAACGCCAAAGACCUACUAGGCCGGUCGCCGCUUCACCUAGCA